ACGAAAUUGCAAUCUAUAUGAUAUACCGAAAAUACCCUUGUCAUUCAUUCAUUCAUUCCCCCAUUGACCACUCACCCAACUCCUUCUAUUCGCCAUCCUUAGGGUUUUCUCUGCUUCUUCCAUUUCCUCUCUUUCACACUUAACAUUCAUCUCCAAGAAUUAGUCUCACUCCCUCAAAGAUUCGUUCUUUUUACUCAAAAACCCUUUCCGGGUAUUAUCCUUUCCAUUAACCCAUUUUUCUUUCAUUUUCUGCUCCCAGUUUCGAUCUGAUCCCGUGCUGAAUUUGAAGCUGGUCCUCCACUCCUUCAAAUUUCGGCCGAAGCUCCGAAAAGGGUUUGGAUUUUGAAGUUGCGGGUGUCGUUGGAAGCUUAUGAGCGUUUCUUUGGUUUGCUUCAAGGGGAAAACAAGUGGUGAUUUCUCAGUAUAGUAAGGUUUGAUUUGGAAAUGGACAACUCGAAAAACAGGCAUAAUGAUAGUCUGGGUGUUAACAAGAUGGGAAAAAAUAUAAGGAAGAGCCCUUUACAUCAGCCCAAUUUUGCUAACAACGCUGCUAGACAACAGCCUCAGCCUCAGGUUUACAACAUUAGCAAGAAUGAAUUUCGGGAUAUUGUUCAGCAGCUUACUGGAUCACCCUCCCAGGAUCAUCCACCUAGACCUCCACACAAUCCACCGAAGCCGCAGAGCAUGCGACUGCAGAAAAUUAGACCUCCCCCGUUAACGCCAAUCAAUCGACCUCGCAUGCCCCCGCCAAUGCCGGUGCCUGCUGCCGCCCCUCAUCCAGUUCCUCACAAUAAUGCCAUGCCAAGACCUGCUCAGUUUGGACAACCGUUGCCUAGUCCUGGGGAUAUAUGGUCUAAUACGACCGAGUCACCCAUAUCUGCUUACAUGCGUUACCUUCAGAAUUCAAUAAUGGAUCCAAGUUCAAGGGGUAACCAGGUUCAGCCUCAACCACAUCCGUACCCUCAACAUCAAAUACCCGGCAAUGUCCAGCCUCAUCCCGCUCCCUCGUCUGCUAUGUUUCCUAAUCCUCCCAUGCCCAUGUUCCCUUCCCCGAGAUUUAAUGGUCCUGUUCCACCAAUGAAUGCUACUAACUCUCCCAUGCCUACUCUUCUUCCUUCACCACAAGCAAAUGGUCCUCCUCCCCCUUUACUUUCUCCAACCUCUCAAUUCCUCCUGCCUUCUCCAACUGGUUACAUGAAUUUGCUAUCUCCUCGCUCACCUUAUCCACUUUUGUCACCUGGCAUUCAGUUCCCGUCUCCGCUUACACCAAAUUUUCCGUUCUCGUCCACGGGGCAGUCAGGGAUUUUAGGUCCUGGCCCACAACCUCCUCCUUCUCCUGGCCUUGUGUUUCCGUUAUCACCUUCAGGCUUUUUUCCCAUAUCAAGUCCCAGGUGGAGAGACCACUAGGCUUCUUAAUUCUUGUUACAAGUUUAAUAUGGUUUGCUUCUUUCUAACUGAAGAGGUUCUAGGCUUGUUCUUUGGCAUGUGAUGUACAAUCAGGUUGUAAGAGCUCUUUUUGGCUAUCUGUAGUGUUCAUUUCUCAUUUCUUUGUUUCUCUUUUGUUGAAAACUGUAAUGGUUGCAGUCCUUUUACUUUGACAAGUUUUACAUUAGGCAAUACAUAUUGAAGAUCAGACAACUCAAUUGGGCAGUUGGACAGGAGCUGUAAGAUGGAAGACUGAUCUGUAGCUCAAAAGGAAGUAGGAUUACAGACAAUAUUUGUUGUGUAUGUCAUCUUCUUUUGUAAUAUAGUGGUUUACAUCUCAAAGUUCAUAGCUAAUUUCAUCUUUUAUAUGUAAGGUGUUUUGAAGUAGGAUCUUAUGGUUAUUACCAUGUGAUUUGCUACAAAUAUAUUUUAUUUCUGCAGCAUA